AUGCCUUUGCUCCGUUCUGAAUGGACUGCGUUUCUCUCGCAGAAUCCCACAGUCAGCCAUGACGAAGAGAGCAGAAACGAGCGUUUCCUCUCUUCCCCAGAAGGUCGUGUCCUUGCCGAACAAGUAUCAAGCUUUGACACGACUGUCCCAGCCAGGGACAAUCAUCGGAUCCCUAUUCGUAUCUACACUGCCAGAGACCGCUCAUCCGAUGCGAUUGUCAUAUUCUACCACUCUGGAGGCUUUGUGCAUGGCUCUCUGGACACGGAAGAUAGUGGACCCAGCACUGUCAUCAGCGUCGAGUAUCGGCUUAGCCCCGCGUAUCAGUAUCCUGUCCCGAUCAACGACGGAUGGGAUGCUUUUGAGUACAUAGUAACCAACCUCUCCACCCUCCUGCCGGAGCACGGCUCUUUGGUCAGGGUCGUAAUCAGUGGGACGUCAUCAGGCGGACAGCUCGCCGCCAUUGUCUCGCAGAAGGCGAGAGACUGGAUGCGAGAGCAGAAGAAGGUAACUGGCGUCACUCUCAGCGGAGUCCUCCUCCGCGCUCCGGUGACUGUACGUGGCACGGAUGCGGCUCUGAUCCCACCCUGUUUCAGGGAUUUGCACCAGUCGUGGACUGAGAAGCUGGAGACGGAGAAGCUUGACAGACAAGACAUGGCGGAGAAUCAUGAUCUACUUGGGGUCCCAAGUGCAGGGAGAACACACCCCGAGGCUUAUCCUCUCUGGGGCAGAUUUGACGGACUGCCAAAGACGUACGUCCAGAUCUGUGAUGUUGAUAUCCUCCGCGACGACGCAGUGUGCUAUGUGCGAGGUCUUCAGAACGCAGACAUUGAGGUGCGGGUCUCAUUCUACAAGUCGCUGCCACAUAUUUUCUGGGUUUAUGCGCCUCAAUUGGAGGUGUCGAGACAAGCGCAAGAAGAUUGUGUCAAUGGGUUGAGAUGGCUGCUCGGGCUGACUGAGUAG